UGGUUAGUCGGAAGAAGAAGCCGAUUCUGGAAGCCAUUACGUUGCGCAUAUUAGUUGAAUACUAUUUUUGCGUAUUGUACGCACAGCGAUUUCUCCAAAAGAGUAAUUUCUGCAGCUAUGGUCUCGGUAGCGAAAAAAAGAAAAAUGAAUUUCUCGGAGAGAGAGGUUGAAAUUAUUGUGGAAGAAAUAGAGAAACAAAAGCACACACUGGUUAACCACUUCAAUGCUGGAGUAACCCACAUGGCAAAGAACAACGCAUGGGUGGAGAUCCUCAAAAAGGUGAACGCUGUCACGACCUGUCCCAGAGAGUUGCCGGAGGUCAAGAAGAAAUGGUCGGAUAUGAAGACGGAGGUCCGAAGGAAAGUGGCCCAGGCGCGGGCUGCUAUAGAAGGGACGUCCACCGAUUGUACUCCGGUACCCGUCCUUCUCACUGCCAUGCAGCAGAGGAUCUGCAACCUCCUGGGAGAAGCCACCAUCAUCAACUUACCUGCAGGAGACUCGGACGGUGAUAUCGCUUUGCCUGUCACAGUGAACGCCGCCGCCACCGUCACACUCACGGAAACUAUUCCAGCUGGCUCUGCAACGGUUUGUGACGAAGCAAAGACGCUGAAUGCUGAUGCUGCCUACCAAGCAUUGGAGGAAGGAGGCGUGGUAGAAUACUGCACCACAACCGUAGGUGAAUCGGCUACUACAGUCAUGGCUGCCGUUGAGGCUCCAGUGGAAGUGUUGGAAUCAUCUUCAGCUUCCUCGCCGUUACCACCUCAGGGUCAGGCAAAGCCUCAGGAAUUGAAGAGCCGCAUUGCCCUCAACUCGGCUCGGCUUCUGCAGGAGCAGAGAGUCACCAAUGUGCACAUCCGACAGAUAGCCCAGCACCUGGAGGGUCAGAACCAGCUGCUCCAAAUGAUGCGCCACUCUCAGGAAGCCCAGGUGUUUGCCCAGGAGAGACAAGCGCAAGCUUUGGAGGGCACCCAGGCUGCACUGCUUGCACUGGUACAGAUGCUCAGGCCUGCUCUCAAAGACUUGCGCAAAUUCUUGCAGAGCGGAACUGAAGUCACAAACUCUAGCAACACAGCAGCGGGUGUGACAUCGGACGUGGUGUUAAUCGAGGAGCAGAACAGGCCCCCGACAUCGCCCCCUACCACGCAGCAAACUGAAGAGACACAAUAGACUUGUAUUUGUUCACAUUUUUUGUUGGACUUCAAAAAAAAAACUGGAAGAACAUUUCAAAAGUUGCCUUAGGAAGGACAUGUACACAAUUUUUGCUGUUUUUCUCAAUUGGAAUCUGACUGACAUCUGAUGUUUGACUUUUUACAGCGAGUAACUUUAGAUUCAAUAUGGAAAUCAUGUUUUUAUGCAGAGUACCACAUACUAUUCUCCAGAUAGUCUUGUUUUUUAACACCAAAGAAUAACUCUCCCACCAAAAAAGAAACACGUUUUUCCUAAAUCUUACAGACUUAUGAUCUCCACUGAUCAUGAAUGCCAUUUAAUUUAAAACUUAUUGGGGUCAUGAAGUUGAUGAAUCACUUUUGGAACUUGAUGGAUUGUAAAAGUUAACUGUAAACAUUCUAAAGAAGUAAAACAUGCCAUAGCUCAGUACAGCAGUGGGAUCAGAAAAGCAGUUAUGGAUGUUUAGUGACAUAAUCCCAUUCCAUUAUAUUAUAUAUUCCAAAUAGUCAUUAAGAAAUGGAUGAAUUGGUCAUUCAUACUGUAUUCCCAUGGUAAAGCUUGAGAUUUAGUCUAAUGCCCACCUUUCAUGCUUCUAUAUGUCAUUUUUCUUACAUGUUAAAGUGCUCAUGACACCAAAAAAUAUUUUUUUUAAAAGGGCAAUAACAAAAUGAAAGUAUUCACUUCAUCAAAGGCUUUUGUCUUACUUUUGUCAUAUACCAGUAAACCACAAUAAAAUGAGAGUGGCAGUGAUGGACACUGACAGAUCUAUGCAAAAACUGCAAGAUACAACACCAGUGUGCAGCCGUCCAUACAAUGACAAGUGUAAAUAUGUCACCUGUUAAGGACUCAUCCAGCCUUCCAAUGUUAUUUAUAGAGAUGAGUGUGUUUUGGUGUCAUGUACACUUUAAGUGAAUGAAUUAUGGACAUGUCAUCAAAUGGGAGCAGUGGCGCAGUCUGUCAAAAAUAUAUUAGAACAUAGAACAGGAACUUCAGUGGCGACUGAGUGAUUUUUUUAAAA